AUGUCUCAAGAAAAAGAAAUAGUGCAUUGUACAGCUGGUCAUUCUUCCAAUAAUAUUAUAAUGAGCAUUAAAAUCGAUAGUGGAUUUUGUGAGUUUUGUGAUAAAGAACAUUUAGUCGAGAGUUUGGAACUUGGUUGGAAAUAUUCUUAUGUAGAUAUUAAAUUUGAUUCUAGAUAUGAUAUUUCUGGAUUUCUUAAAGAG